AUAAAACGAAGGAAAAAAGAAACAAUUUUUUUUUUCUCGUAGAAAGAACUUAGAAUAUAUCCAUUCCGAUUCCCAAACAAAAUUGUUUCUUUUUAACGCAAAUAAUUUCUUUUUAACUGUAAAAAAAAAUCUCCAUUACGAAUCAAAAUUCGGGUUACAACGACAACGGCAACAAAAAAGAUCCACAUUUCCCGCAGAGAACCCCAGUUUUAGCUCAGAUUUCUCUGCUCUUGUUCCCGAGACCCAGGGUUUAAUAGCCACUGAGUUCUUUGGACCUCGAAAUUUAGGGUUAGGGUAAGAGUUCCUCAAGAAAAGGUGCGAUUUUAGGGUUAGGGAGGAUUCUCCGGCGAUGCCGCACCUGGUUCGGGACCGGCUCUUCUUCGGCAACAUCAGCGACGCGGCGGCGGUGCUCCAGAGCGCGAGCAUGGAGUUUACUCACGUCCUCUCGCUUCUCAGCUCGGCGUCGAUCUCCUUCUUCUCGGACUGGCGGCCGGGCCUCUCGAUUCGGACCAAGGAGAUCCGGAAGGUGCUUGUUGGGGCGGAUGAGUCGUUGCCGAAGAAGUCUUUGGCGCCGGAGAAGCUACUGUAUUCGCUGGAGUAUGCCGGGCCGGAGCUGAAGCUGGUGAGGAUGGCGGUGCCGCUGAGGGACACUGAGGACGACGAUCUGCUGGAUUAUUUGGAUGUAUGUUUGGAUUUUAUCGACGAGAGUAGGAAGCAGGGAUCGGUUUUGGUGCAUUGCUUUGCCGGUGUGUCGAGAAGUGCUGCUGUCAUUACUGCAUAUCUAAUGAGAACAGAACAAAGAUCCUUAGAAGAUGCACUUGAAUCCUUGAGAGAAAGUUGCGAGUUUAUUUGCCCAAAUGACGGUUUUCUGGAUCAGUUAAAAUUGUUUGAAGAAAUGGGUUUUAAAGUAGAUACCACAAGCCCCAUCUAUAAACGCUUCCGUUUAAAAGUCUUGGGUCAUUCUUAUAAACAAGGAGAGAAAAUAGAUGGCUUCAUAUUAGGAGCUGACCCUGGUUUGCCUGUGGAGUCCAACUCUUCUGAGGAAGCCUCCAAGGUCGAUCAGCCGAGAAUUGCCUACCGCUGCAAAAAGUGCUGCAGGGUCGUCGCAUUGCAAGACAAUGUUGUAAGCCAUGUACCAGGCGAGAGCGAGACCUGCUUCGAGUGGCAAAAAAGAAGAAGUGGCAACAUGUUCGACAGGUUUCGGGAGACAGAAUGCUCUUCUUUAUUUGUCGAGCCUUUGAAGUGGAUGAUCUCAGUCGAAGAGGGUGCAUUGGAAGGAAAGCUCUCAUGCAUCCAGUGUGAUGCACGCCUAGGGUACUUCAAUUGGUCAGGCAUUCAGUGCAGCUGUGGCAGCUGGAUCACCCCUGCAUUCCAGAUUCAUAAGAGUAAAGUGGAUAUCAGCACAGUUUGAUGUUGAACGAGGAUACCAAAGCAAACAGCAAGACUCCUCUGUGUACAUACGCAAAGCAGCCUCAGAAUCUUAAUGCCUCUUUAAGUAUAUAAUUAAGAACUCAAACCACUGAACCUGGAGUAUUGAUUCAGUUCAUGAUCUUCUUCAUUAGCUUGCUCGCCUGGAGCUAUGUUUGCUUGUACUAGGAUUUUUAUGUCAUGAAGUAAACGAUGUUCUCAUUCGCUCUUCUUGCAACCAGGCUGCAUAAUCUUUUAAUUUCUUGCAGUUGGAGUUGAUAAGAGCUGCUUUAUGUUGAGGUGGCGCAUGUUAUAGCACCUUUGGAGUCGAAUCUAUGUAUAAAUAAAUUGAAAAAUUAGAGCAUGGAGUUAAUGCAAGGAAGCUCCUGUUCAAAGCAUUCUGCUCAGUUCAAGGAUGAGCGAUUUCCUAAAA